AUGGUAGUUGCUAACAAUGCCAUCAGAUUGCGUGAGAUAAAGGCAGCAGUCUUAGCUGACCAGGUGACUUUUAUGAACAUAAACAGUGUCAGUCUGGCAACAAUAGACCGCAUCCUGAAACGCAAUCUGGUGGCAACCAAGCAGCUAUAUAAGGUGCCAUUUCAAAGAAACAGCGACCGCGUCAAGGCAGCACGUGCACAGUAUGUACAGAGAGUAAUGGAUCUGGAAGCAGACGAAAGGCAGUAUGUCUUCAUCUACGUCGAUGAGGCUGGAUUCAACCUCUCCAAAGUUAGGAGACGUGGCCGAAACAUCAUUGAUAAUACAACUUAUAUAUUUACAAGCAACCCUUCUAUAAUAUGUGUAUUGUUAUAUGUUUUCCUCGGCUCAUUGUCUGUUGUCACAAUAUGUGGAAACCUUCUUGUUGUAAUCUCCAUAUUUUACUUUCAACAGCUCCACACUCCUACUAACUACCUUAUUCUCUCUCUGGCUGUGGCUGACCUGCUUGUUGGAGUUUUAGUUUUUCCUUUCAGCAUGGCAUUCACUGUAACAUCAUGUUGGUAUUAUGAGGGUUUAUUUUACAGAUAUUUUGCAGUGUGUCAGCCUUUGACUUAUAAAAGUAAAAUAAAUGGUCGUGUCAUUGGGUUUAUGAUCGGGGUGAGCUGGGGAGUGGCUGCUCUCAUUGGCAUUGGCAUUAUAGUUGCAGGUUUUAAUCAAGGAAAAUGUGAAGACAGUUGUUUAAUUGAUGCUCUAAUAUCAACCACUCUGGGAUGUAUUUUUUCCUUUUACAUCCCAGUUAUUAUAAUGCUUAGUAUCUACCUAAAGAUUUUCCUUGUUGCACAGAGACAAAUGCAGAGCAUUCAGAGCACAACCUGUCAGAGCACAAAGUCUGCUGCAACUGUCACAAAGAUGGAGAGAAAGGCCACCAAGACUUUGGCUAUUGUUCUGGGAGUGUUUCUGUUAUGUUGGACUCCUUACUUUCUUUGUAUCAUUUUUCAGCCUUUAACAUAUGAUGUUACACCAAUUAAUGUGAUUGAAACACUAAACUGGCUGACACUGUCAAAUUCAAUGCUCAAUCCAUUUAUUUAUGCUUUCUUUUACAGCUGGUUCAGAUCGGCUUUUAGAAUGAUAAUUUCUGGACGGAUAUUUCAAGGAAAUUUUGCUAACUCAAAACUCCUUUGA